AUGUCGGGUGCGGGCAAGAAGCGAGUACGAAAGGAAGAUGUGGCUACCUUUGACGAAUGUGACGCUGGCAGCUGGGAAUGCACUGUAUGCACCUACCGCAACCGUUUCGAAGCAUUCAAAUGUGAGAUGUGUGACACAAGAAAGGGAACCUCGACGCGAAAACCACGAUUGAAUGAGAAUGUUGUACAGAUGCAAAAGGUUGUGCAAAACUUUGUUGUUCAACAACAAGAAAAAGCCGCUAGCAGGUAA